UCUCAGAGUAGCAAGUUAAGUUGGCGACACUGGUUGUCAUUGUUAAUAACUUUAUUCAAGACGUUUGUGAGAAAUUCCGAUUUUCAACGAUGGCGGCUGCUAAUAAACUUGCUCUUUUGAGCCGAUCCCUAUGUUCUGCAACUCAAACUGUAAAGCCUCCGGUUCAAGUUUUUGGUCUUGAAGGUCGUUAUGCUACAUCUCUUUAUUCAGCAGCCUCCAAGUUGAAACAGUUGGAUCAGGUAGAAAAAGAUUUGAAUGCAUUGCAAGUAGCUUUAAAGAGCAACGCUUCGCUGCGUAUGGCUGUUACCAAUCCAAUUAUCAACAAAAAGCUUAUGUCAAACACACUUAAGGAGACAGCAGAUAAGCUGAAGAUGGCCCCAGCGACUGCCAACCUAUUGGGGCUUUUAGCUGAUAAUGGACGGUUGAAAAAUUUAGACACUGUUAUAAAUGCCUAUAAGACGAUUAUGGCUGCUCACCGAGGGGAAGUUGUUUGCGAAGUUGUAACUGCUAAGCCCUUGGAUUCAUCCCAGAGCAAACAGUUGGAAUCUGCCCUUAGAUCAUUUUUAAAAGGAAAUCAACAAUUGAAAAUCACGUCGCGUGUAGAUCCUAGCAUUAUUGGUGGUUUAAUCGUUUCUAUUGGCGACAAGUAUGUUGAUAUGAGCAUUGCAAGCAAGGUCAAAUUAUAUACCGAUGUUAUUACUUCAUCGGCUUAAGAUAAAAGUAAAAUAGCUGCAAGUGAUGCAAAGAAUAUGUAGGAUACAUGUUAUAUUAUUCGAGAAUAAAAAUUUGAAACCAGAAAUACUCUA